AUGCCGUCGCCAGUUCGCCGAUCUGCCCGAGGAGCGCAACCCGCUGCCUCCAGCACCACCUCCUCCCAUUCAUCGCGACAAGAUCGUGGCGCGCGCGCCAAUCAGACCCAUAAAUCAGCAACUCCAAGAUCUCUCUCGAGCGAGGAGGUCAGUGAGCCUCCAGUUGCCCGCCGCAGCCAACGCCAACCGCCCGCCCAGAAGGAAGACAGCUCCAAGCCGGAGCCUACCGAAGACAAUGACAACGACGGGCAAGCAGAAGGAGAUGAUGAGAUCACACGCUGCAUAUGUGGAUAUCCGGAAUAUCCUGGCCUGCCCUCGAGCGAGGCCUUCAAGCACAUCCCCUCCACGCAGCUCGAGGACGCCGGUGCGCUCUUCAUCUCAUGCGACGGAUGCGAUACCUGGCAGCAUGGCGGCUGUGUCGGUAUCAUAGACGACAGUCAGGUGCCGGAUCGGUAUUUCUGCUUCCUAUGCCAGCCAAAAAUGCAUGCAAUCCGGAGGGACAGCAAAGGGUACGUUUCCCAUCUCUUGUUGCGUUGAUACCCUUGCUCAGAACACCCUGGCACGAUCACUUCAUUGUUUGCUGUCGUAUCGUCGCGGACGACAAGAAUGGCAGGCGCGAGGCUGCGUCACAGGUCGUUCUUGCCGCGCUUGAAGGACAAAACAAUCACAAAUUCACUCUGCCCGCCACCAGUCAACCUGAACAAGACAUUGCACUUCCAAGAGGGCGAAUUUGAACUUUCCCAGCAUGGCGCGCUAUCAUGAUGCACCUACGCGGAAAGCAGCUGCUAAGACCGAAAACAAUAGGCAGGAUCACAGCCUAUACCUACCCUUGCAUCCCAACCUCAACGCAAAGUCGACCCGUAAAGCUUCCGUUAGCAAACAUGACGAGAAAGCGAAGAAAGAGCGGGAGUUGGCUGCGUCGCGGGCGAGCGUGGACCCCCUCACAGGCAAGCGACGAGGCACGACGAGGAGCAGAAACAACGAUGAGGAGUUGGAGCAGCUCUACAGAGCCAUCGAAGAGAGCAAGCGGGAGGGCGAAGGAGGCGCAGGCAGUGAGAGGCGCAGUGGCAAGAGGGGUCGAGAUGAAAGCUGCGAUGAGUGAGUCAAAUGCUCCGGCCGCAAUGCCUUGAUGAGAAGCUAACGUGUUCCGCCAGCAACAAGCAAGACAAUAAGCGUCAGCGAAGGAGCUCAGACUCUGCACCAUCCGCUGAAAGGAAUGACGAUUCAGACGAUGCAGGCACGGUAGCUGUCAGCAAGACGAAGAAGGCCAAGGCAGAGGCAGCGCUCUCUGCCCGGCAAGCAGAGCAAGAGAAGAAGGACAAAGAGCGGGAUAAAGCGCGCUCGGAAGCUGCAGGUCGCAGACAGGAGCGUGCUAGAAGCAGGCGGAACGACGGUAAGUCGAGACAAUGCUCGGUAGUCGAGCCGCUGACUGACCUGGCCAACAGAAGCGGAUGCGAACGGAGACACCACCCCGAAGCCUACGACAAGCGAUAACGCCUCGCCUCCAGCGCCUUUAUCGCAACCAGCAUCUCCGCCGCCUGCAGAGAAAGCCCCGCCGAAGCGAGGCCCUGGCAAGAAGCCGGGGAAGAAACUGGGCAACAAUCAAUACACCAAGAAUCGGUUCGAGCAAUCUACGUCCUCUCCGCAUGGUAGGAAGCGUCAAAAUCACACUUCAGGCAGCGGCGAUGACGCCUCAGAAGCUGCAGCAAAUGUAGACGCGAACGGGAGCCACAAUGGGGCAGCGAAGAACAGCCCGGGCGUCUCUGGGCCUCCAGAGAAUGGCACUGGCAAAGGAAAGUUCGGCAGAGGCAAGAAGAAUCUCGCCAAUGGCAACGGCGCAAAAGGCCAGACGGAAGAGAUUGAACGGACAUUUACAAACAUGCAGGCUGUGCUGAAGAACAUGAGUGCAUUUGUCACGAAAGAGCAAGACGAAUUGACAAGCAAUGGUAUUGGUGGUGGGAAGAGCCCGAUGAGUGUGGAACACGCCGCGCUGACGGCCGUGAAUGGUACAGCACAAGCUCCUACGAGCGCAGCUUCCAUCACUUCAACGGAUGACAGACGGUUCGAGGACCUCAGCAGCGCUGAAAUGGCGGAAAAACUGCAGAAGGGCAUUGAGAACUGGCAGCGAACUUGGGGACAUCUGGCUACAGCGUGA